AUGUCAUAUCUGGACGAAGAAUUACUCGGGAAAGAUGAAUUCUCCCUACCUUCACAGCUUGAUCAUUUUUCAUCAGGAGUUUUGAACGCGAGUGCGUCGAGCAUGCGGCGGAUAUACGUGAAGUAUGUGGGCAAGAAGCGGGCGGCAGCUUCUGAGAAGCAGCAGCGGAUAGCGAAAGAGAAGACGGUGGCUGCUGCGGAAAGAGGAGCAGAAGAAGCAAAAAAGCAAUGUGGAAAUUGA